AUGAAUGUUCUAACAGAUGAUGGCCAAGAGCUUCGAGCCAAGGGACUGUGUUUACAUUGCAAACAGCCUUAUUCUCCAUUACAGGAGUGCCCCAAUAAGUCACUGAGAGCUCUAAUUGGCGGUGAAGAUGAUGUUCUAACAGAUGAUGGUUUAUUUGCAGAUAUGGAACCCAUUUCCUCCAAUUUUCUCUCUACUGAACUGGAUGAAGCUCACUUCUCUGAACUGGAUUUACCACUCUAUUCAGUGGGGGGUAUUUCACGACCUCGUACGAUGAAGCUUAAGGGCACCCUAUCACUUCAAACGGUCACCAUAAUGAUUGCCAGUGGUGCCAGCCAUAACUUCAUCUCUGGAGAUAUGGUUCAAUCACUCAAUUUAAUGAUUAGUCCCAUGCCUCCCUUCUUUGUCAAAUUAGGUGAUGGGCAUCGGAUUCAAUCCAGAGGUGUUUAUAAGAAUUUAAAGCUUCAGUUUGGUUCUAUUGGGAUAACAGGAGAUUUCUUUGUUUUCCCUUUGGGUGGAGUUGAUAUUAUUUUGGGUAUUGCUUGGCUAGAGACUUUGGAGGAAGUCAAGGUCGAUUGGCUGAAAAUGACUAUGGUAGCUAUUGAUGACAUUGAAUUUUCUGGGUUUUUAUGGGAAUUAUCUGCAGACACAAAAUAUUCAGCCAACUCAACAGCCCUCUCCUCUAGUCAAUCUCAGCAACUCCAGCAGCUCCAAUUGAAAUUCCCUACAAUCUUUGAGGACUUAAAACACCUUCCUCCCAGCCGUCCACAAGACCAUAGAAUCAUACUUCAACCUGGACAGGGUCCUAUUUCAAUAAAGCCUUCCAGAUAUGGGCAUCUCCAAAAGGAUGAAAUUGAGAAAGUGGUUGCUGAUAUGCUUUCUGCUGGAAUCAUCAAGCCCAGCUCUAGUCCAGUUUUAUUGGUUAAGAAGAAAGACGGCAGCUGUGACAUUCCAAGCAGUUAUGAACGACAUAUUUUGGCCGCACUUACGCAAGUUUGUUCUGGUAUUUUCGAUGACAUACUGGUUUAUAGUAAGUCGUGGCAAGACCAUCUACACCACCUAGAACUUGUAUUUCAGCUGCUCAUAAACCAUUCACUACACUUGAAUGCCAAAAAGUGCUCUUUCGGCAGAAUUUCUCUUGAAUACUUGGGACAUGUCAUUUCCUCCCAAGGUGUUUCCAUGGAACCUUCUAUGAUUUCAAGCAUCUUACAAUGGCCAAUACCGAGUCUAUUAAAGCUGUCAGGGGAUUUUUUGGGUUUGACAGGGUACUAUCGGCGCUUCAUACUGAAUUAUGGAUGCAUUGCACAGUCGCUGACUCAGCUAUUAAAGAAGGAAACAGCUGCUGAUUUUCAGUGGAACUCACAAGCACAAGCCUCUUUUGAUGCCCUGAAAGCUGCCAUAAUUUCUUCUCCAGUUUUAGCUCUGCCAGAUUUCUCCAAACCCUUCAUUGUUGAGACCGAUGCUUCAAAAUCUAGAGUUGGUGUUGUACUAAUGCAAGACAAUAAACCAAUUACUUAUUUCAGCAAGGCAACUGGCAACCCUGCAACAACUAUAUCAGCUUAUGAGAAUGAGUUAAUGGCUGUAGUCCUUGCAAUAAGACACUAG